UUUAGUGCUUAUUAAUGUGGCAAAAUAACACGCACACACAGACACUUUACUGUCCUCAUUUUACCAAUGGAGCUGCCAGUGCUCUAUUCAUCCAGUAGACAUGGAAGAAACUGGAGGAGUCAGUUAAACAUGGCACUGUGAGGACACAGGAAACAUUGUCAUUUAGGUUGAACAGCAUGGAAAACACCUCGGAAUGGAGCAACAAUUCACUGGACUCUGAUUUCGAAGCUUGUGCGACGUUGAGGAGCUUUAGUUCACGAGUCGCCCUCUACAUCUUCAUCAUCACUGGAAUCCUCUGCACUGUGGUGGGAAACUUCCUGGUGGUUCUCGCUAUUGCGUACUUUAAACAGCUUCAGUGCCCUACUAACUCUUUCGUCAUGUCUCUAGCAGUCGCUGACUUCCUUGUGGGUCUGGUGGUCAUGCCGUACAGUAUGAUCAGAACAGUAGAAGGAUGUUGGUAUUUCGGCCCAACCUUCUGCCAUCUUCACUCCAGCUUGGAUGUUAUGCUUUGCACGGCUUCCAUCUUCCACCUGAGCUGCAUUGCUUUUGACCGCUACUAUGCUGUCUGUAACCCACUGGUGUAUUCCUUUAAGAUGUCUCACAAGCGUGUUUGUUUGCUGAUUGUGGUUUGCUGGGCCGUACCUUUCCUUAUAUCAUUCGGUCCUAUUCUCUUUGGGCUGCACAAGCUUGGUGUGGACAUCCCUUUACCUGAGAACAUGUGCGUCUUCUUGGUGAACCGUAUUUAUGCCGUGAUGGCGUCGCUUGUUGCGUUUUACCUGCCUAUGGUGACCAUGUUGGUGGCCUACUGGAAGAUCUACAAAGCUGCCAAACGGCAAGCCAUGCAGAUCAGCGCGAUGGAGGCACAGAUGGCAGCAGGUGUGGGCAAAGACUCGAGUAAGAAACAGAAACAUCGCAACUCCAUAAGGAGAGAGAGAAAAGCAGCCAAAACGCUAGGGAUCAUCAUGGGGGUUUUCCUUCUUUUCUGGCUGCCCUUCUUUACUGUUAAUAUCAUUGACCCGUUCAUCGAGUAUGGGACUGCGGUUGUGAUAUGGGAUGUUUUUCUGUGGUUGGGGUAUAUCAACUCCUCACUAAAUCCUUUUCUCUAUGGCUUCUUCAACCGGUCGUUUCGGCGAGCUUUCCUCAUGAUCAUGGGAUGUAGAAUUUGUCUGCAUGGCACAGCUCAAGGAAUGGACCUUUCUCACUCCAAAAGAGAUGGCAAUGAGCGCACAGACAAUUAGUAGACUGUUGUAGCAGAAGUUUGAUUUAAAGAAAUGUUCCAUAGUGGUUUCUUUCCAGUUUAUACAGGUCAAUAGAAAAUAUUCCAAAUAAUCUACUGAAAUUAUUGGGGGAAAGUGUAUGUAUUUACAUAUAUAGAUAUGCACAAAUAUGCAAAAUAGGCACAUUCUGAAAAC